GAGAUGUGUACGGAAAAAUACCCAAACAAACAACAAAGAAACAAAUGUUAGCUAACAAACAAGUUCGAGCUGAAAAUGUCUGAGUGUGAGGAACAGUGGGUGCUGGGGAGAGAGGCCCCCGUCUCUGUGCUUGGGGAAUAUGCCUGCUGCCUGCGUCUGAGGUAAGCAAGGACCAGCUGUAUAGGACUGGCGAUGUUUGUUGCUGAAAUCACUUCCUAGAUUUUCACUUCUGUAAAAUGGGUGGACGUGUAGACUACUCCAGACAGUUCUUCAGAUCGGGCUUCUCCGCCUUUUGUUUUUGUUUGUUUUCGAUGGACGGUUACAUCCGUAAAAAGAGCCCCGAGGCUGCUAGCUAGGAGAGCAGUUCAAGUAUGAACUCCUCUAUAGGGCCUCAGGUAGUUCUUUGCAAAUAGUGUUGUUCCUACACCCACCGUGUGGACGCCGAGAUGGUGCUGGAACUGCUGUGGCUGCGCCCCCAAGCUAAGAAGUGCGAAGGGGGGGCGCAUCUUUCUUUAACCGGCUAUGCUAUGAGUUAGUGCGAGCAUCUCAUCCAUGCUUCUACACAACCCUCGCUGGCAUUAUGAUGAAUCGCGGUCUCUCCUGCUUCCUUGCCGGCCCGUGCUCUCCAAGGCCGUGCUCCCACCUGGGGGCGCUACCGCCUGCCCUCGGAACAGCAGCAACGCCACCAAUUAGAAGCGGGGUGUUCUGUGCUCGCUUAGCCUUCACUUGUGCAACCUCAAACGUUCACGGGAUGAACACCACCGGGUGGACAGAGACGGCCGGCGGGAAAACAGUCAGUCGCGCUCGGGGUGGGUUACCAAGGACUCCAGGUGUGGCACCGCGUACACCUUAGGACAUCGAAUUGGUUCCUGACGCGUUUUCAGGGUGCCUACCUGACUCCUUGCCCCGGCCUGACGCUGCAAUGACUACGUUUUUACCGAAAGUUGCAGAUGUCCCCUCUCUCCUAGGGUCCCCUACGCUCUCUGCCACCUCCCCACCUAGCUGGCCCUCCUCCCUCCCGCCGGUUCCUUUCCAUGCCCAGCUCCCUCCUCCCGUCCCUCCUCCCGAAUCUCUAGAGCGCGGACGCCCAUUGGCUGUGCGGUGAGAGGAGGCGUGUGCCUGGCCGGGCGGGUUUCAUUGAGCGGAAUUAGCCGGAUGACAUCAGCUUUGCAACCCCUCGGGCCGGCCCAGCUCAUUGGAGCCGCUGCCCCUCCAGGAAAAGCACAUUGUUCCCACCCCCGCCCGGACCACCGCCGCCGCCGUCGCCACUGCCUCCACCCGGCUAUAAAAACCAGAGAAACCCCAAAAGGUGUGGAUGCUUAUCGCAGACCGAGCCAACACCAGCACCGGCAGCCAGGUUCUCCUCUGCAGCGAGCACUUCGAAUCGAAUUCACAUUUCGACAGUUGUAAAAGGAAGGACCCUUCGGAAAGCUGAGAUUAUCCCUGGGGCCAUGGACUCGGACGCCAGCCUGGUGUCUAGUCGCCCGUCGUCGCCAGAACCCGAUGAUCUUUUUCUGCCGGCCCGGAGCAAGGGCGGUAGCAGCAGCGGCUUCACAGGGGGCACCGUGUCCUCGUCCACACCGAGCGACUGCCCGCCGGAGCUGAGCGCAGAACUGCGCGGGGCCAUGGGCGCGGCGGGCGCGCACCCCGGGGACAAACUGGGCGGCGGCGGCUUCAAGUCUUCCUCCAGCUCGUCCUCGUCCACGUCGUCCGCAGCCGCGUCGUCCACCAAGAAAGACAAGAAGCAGAUGACCGAGCCCGAGCUGCAGCAGCUGCGCCUGAAGAUCAACAGCCGCGAACGCAAGCGCAUGCACGACCUCAACAUCGCCAUGGACGGCCUGCGGGAGGUCAUGCCGUACGCGCACGGCCCGUCGGUGCGCAAGCUCUCCAAGAUCGCCACGCUGCUGCUGGCGCGAAACUACAUCCUGAUGCUCACCAACUCGCUGGAGGAGAUGAAGCGACUGGUGAGCGAGAUCUACGGCGGUCACCACGCCGGCUUCCACCCGUCGGCCUGCGGCGGCCUGGCGCACACUGCGCCGCUACCCACCGCCACCGCGCACCCCGCAGCCGCAGCGCACGCCGCUCAUCACCCGGCCGUGCACCACCCCAUCCUUCCCCCCGCAGCCGCCGCAGCCGCCGCCGCAGCCGCCGCCGCAGCGGUGUCCAGCGCCUCCCUGCCGGGCUCCGGGCUGUCCUCGGUUGGAUCCAUCCGGCCUCCCCACGGCCUGCUCAAGUCUCCGUCGGCGGCUGCAGCCUCCCCUCUGGGAGGCGGGGGCGGCGGCAGCGGCGGCAGCGGUGGCUUCCAGCACUGGGGAGGCAUGCCGUGUCCUUGCAGCAUGUGCCAGGUGCCGCCGCCGCACCACCACGUGUCGGCCAUGGGCGCCGGCAGCCUGCCGCGCCUCACCUCCGACGCCAAGUGAGCGGGCCAGCGGGGGUGCGUUCUGGAGAGCCAAGGGCUGUGGAGCAGCCAGAACUGGCCAGCGCUGGGGGUUCCGGAGCUCUGUUGCAAGAAGGGGAGCUGGACCAUGGGCUGGGCCUAGGGGAUUACGGGGAGUCCAAUAUCCGGGAACCGAAGUAGUGGGACCAUUUGGAGCAAUAGGGAGCGUGUGAGACGCAUUCGCUCCAGAGCAUGGUUAACUAUGGCUGAACACUCGCGGGUCUGGGAGAUGCCACUGUACAAAACGGCCACAACGCGCGCGGGUACUUCUUCGCUGGGACUCCCCUCGCUCCCGCACCCCCAGAAAGAGUCUAAAAACUGACUUUCCCAUGUGCACUGACCGACUCCCUCCCGGUCUUGGCUUAGACAGCUCGUUGCCAAGAAUCAGAUCACAGGACACUUGACUACCGUUCCCCAUUUCGGGCCUGGUAGGAGACUCCCAAGAGCCGCACUACAGAAGCUACCACUGGGUCUCACUCCCAAGGUUCAUCCCUGGCCCAGGGCCAGGAUCACUAACUAAGUUGGUUGACGCUGGCGUGGGUACCAGAAGCACUUAUGGUCGUGUCCCAUUUCCAUGACUGGGAAAACCCGUGUCCCAUCUCUCCUGUUGAUUUGUGGUUUCCAACAAUCUGUGAAUGUUCCUUUCCCCGACCACGCGAGCAAGCUUUACAGACGCUCAGAAUAGAAGCACUUGUGGAAUGGAAUGAUCCAAAUUACCGAUAUGGGACGCCAUGCUUCUUAGGUCUCAUUUUAAAAUAGAAACUACACCCCUCCCCCACAUUCUAAGCACAAGGGAAUUUGGUUUCUUUCCCGAUCGGGGACAGCAGUUUUAGGUACCUGAGGGCUUGACGGAUCAACAAGCAUCAAAAGGUUGCUGUGAAUAUAGUUUGAGAAUUUGGGAGGGGGGUUCUGUUGGGAUUUUAAUAAUUUCUUCUGUAUGUAAAUAUAAUAUCAAUGGAGUGCACGAUACUAGGUUCCUUGUUCACGUGACUGCCAGCCCCUCCGGAGUCUAAACCUGCUGUUUUCUCUCUGUGUCGUGUCUCCCCCCCCCCUGUUUCGCCACAGUCACCACAAGUGGCAAAUCCCUUCUCUCAUUCCCCGGCCUCCGCUGCGACACCCGGCCUGAUUCCUGCCAUCCCAACUUUCCCUCUCGGCUCCUGCAGAGUGUAUCUAUCGUCUGUUUUAUUUUUGUAAAGAAAAAAAGUGCUAAAUACUAUUUAUUACUUGUUUGGUUGCAUAAAACGAAACAAAUGAUGGAGUGUUGAGAUUUUAAAUAAAAUUUAAAGUAA